AUGCCUUCCCCAGCAGCAGGAAAGAGUGAUACCCCCCGCACUCCUACUAAGCUCGGACGGAAGCCACAGUCAGCUGCGCCAAAACUGAACAAGCCUCAGUCGACAACGGAGGACGCCCCCACCUCUGAUGUCUCUGAGAAGGCGCAAGACACCAAGCAACAAGGAGAAGGCCUUCUAGGCGACGCCAAGGAGAAGGGCGAGGAAGCAAAGGGUCAAGUUGAAGACACUGCUGAGGAUACGAAGAGCGGAGCUGAGAGUACUGCAAAGGACACUAAGAAGCAAGCACAAGACACCGCAGAUGACACGACAGAAGACACAACCGGCAAGGUCUCACAGGCUGGCGACGAGCUAGAACAGGCCGAGCCCAAGCCCAUUGACGACGAUGUCGACGAGGCAGAAGGUGAGGCAGAAGAGACCGGCGACGACGCUACGCAAAAGGCUGGAGAAGAGCUCGAGGAGGAUGUCGACACCAACGACAAUACCGAAGACGAUGCGACUGACACCGCCAGCAAAGCCGCAGACAGUGGCAAGCAGGCAGGUGAGGGUGCAUUGAGCGGAGCCCGCGGUCUCGCCGGCCGCGCUUCAAACCUCGCCGGCAAGGCCUCAAAGGACCCCAAGGGAGCUGCUCAAGAUGCUGGCGACGAUGUUCAAGACACCGCCGAGGACGUCAAGGAUACCGCCGAAGAUACCGCCGAAGACGCUAAGGAUACUGCCGAAAGCGCGACUGAUGAUGUUCAGGAUAAGGCGAAGAGCACUGCAGAUGAUGCGGAAGACACAGUAGAGGAUACCGCAGAUGGUGCUAAGGAUACUGCCGAGGACACUGCAGACGGUGCGAAGGACACUGCCGAGUCCGCAAAGGGCACUGCUGAGGACGCAACUGAAGAAGCGACCGAAGACGUCCAGAGCAAGACCGGCGAUGUCAAGGAUUCUGUCGAAGACACCACUGGCCAAGAUCUCCCAUACACCCCAGAUCUAAACCAACUCAAGGGCCUUGAGGUCGACGAGGAGGGUCUCAUCAAAGACAAGGAUGGCAAGGACAUUGGCCACCUUGUUGAGGGUGACGCCGAAGACCUCGCCGGCUACCCAAUUGGCGAUAACGGUGAGAUCCUCGAUGACGAUGGUGACCUUGUCGGCCGCUGCGAACUUUUGCCAGAAGUGGUAGAAGAGCAGAAGAAGCAGGCCGAAGGAGGCGACGGUCUCAAGAUGCCCGACAUCGACGUUCUCAAGGGUCUUACCGCCGACCGCACUGGUCAGAUCCUUAACGAGGAUGGUGACUUCAUUGGACGUCUCGUUGAAGGUGACCCAUCUGAGAUCCAAGAUCGCGAGUUCAACGAGAAGGGCGAGAUUGUCGAUGAUGAAGGCAACGUCAUCGCUCGCGCUGAGCUCACUGAAGAAGCUGCCGACCUCGUCGAUCAGGAAGAAGAUGAGGAAGGCGAGGAUGGCAUCGCUGAGAAGGCAGAACAGGCCAAGGGCGAUGUUGAGGAGACUGCUGAGGGCGCCAAAGAUGAUAUCCAGGAGGAGGCUGCCGACAUUGAGGAUGAGCUCCCCGGCGUCGAAGCCCUCGAGGGCAUGCAAGUCAACUCCGAAGGUGACAUCCUCAACGAUGACGGCGAUGUUGUCGGCCACGUUGAGGAAGGCGCUCUUGAGAACGUUGAUGACAUCAAGGGCCUCACUGUCAAUGACAAGGGUGAAGUUGUCGACAGCGAAGGCAAUGUGCUCGGCAAGGUAGAACUUGCUGAGGGUGCUGCCGACAAGCUCAAGGAGUCUGCCUCUGGCGCUCUCGACACCCGCAUUCUUGAUGGCCUCAAGGUCAACAAAAAGGGCAAGGUGCUCGACUCUGAGGGCGAGGAGAUUGGUGAGCUCAAAGACGGCGAGCUUGACCAGUGCAUCGGCAAGAAGAUCAACGAAAAGGGCGAGGUUCUUGACAAGGACGGAAACGUCAUUGGAAAGGUCGACGUCGUUGCCGGCGAGGCUGCCUUCGAGGCCAUCAAGGAGCUCAAGGAGCGUCUUGGUGAGACUGAAGACGCCGAGGGCGAAAACCCUGAAGGUGAAGAUGCCGAGGGUGAGAACGCCGAGGAGGAAGAGCCUCAAGAGGUUGAAGUCACUCCCGAGAUCGACACUCUUGAGGGCUUCAAGGUCAACAAGAAGGGCCAAGUCCUCGACGAAGAGGGUGAGCCCAUCGGUGAGCUUAUCGAAGGUGACGCCAAAGAAUGUGCUGGAAAGAAGAUCAACGAGAAGGGCGAAGUCGUCGACAAGGACGGCAAAGUCCUCGGAAAGGUCAAGGCACUUCCCCAGCUCGUACCUGCCGACGAGGCACCCCAAGAGCCUGAGGUCGAAGAGGUUGAGGUCACACCCGAGAUCGAUACUCUCGAGGGUCUCAAGGUCAACAAGAAGGGCAAAAUUCUCGACGAGGAGGGUGAGCCUAUUGGCGAGCUUGUCGAGGGUGACGCUAAGGAGUGCGCCGGCAAGAAGGUCAACGAGAAGGGUGAAGUACUUGACAAGGACGGCAAUGUCAUUGGCAAGGUCAAGGCCCUUCCCAAGAUCAUCGAGCAGAAGGUUGGCGAAGCCGAAGACGCCGCCGAUGAGGCUGGCGAGGCCGCAGAAGACGCCCAAGAUGCUGCCGAAGACGCGCAGGACGCAGCCGAAGACGCAGCCGAAGAGGGUGAAGAGGGCGAGAACCGCCCACCUCUUUCUAUCCUUGAGGGUCUCUCUGUCAACAAGUCUGGCAAGCUCAUCGACAGUAACGGUAACAUCGUCGGUGAACUGAUCGAGGGUGAUGCUAAGAAGCUCUCCAAGUCUGGCCUCACUGCCGAUGACGAGGGACAGUUCUGGGACAACAAGGGCCACGUCAUUGGCCGCGCCCAGACCAUUCCCCAGGAAGAGGCUGAGGAGGAAGCACCAUUCGCUGGUCUCAAUGGACUUGUCGUCGUUAAGGACGGCUUCGUUGAGGACGAGAACGAAAACCGCGUCGGCAAGGUCGUCGAGGGUGACGGUCGCGCUGUCGACGAGGAUGGUGAUAUCCUUGACAAGAAGGGCUCAGUUGUUGGCCAUGCCGAACGCUACGAAGAGCCUGAAGAGGAGGCGCCAGCGGAAGAGGACCCCAUUGACCUCUCCAGCCUCCAGGGCAAGACUGUCAACAAGCAAGGCAAUGUUAUUGGUGACGAGGGUGUUCCUGUUGCUCGUCUCGUUGAGGGCAACGCUAAGGAACUCGCUGGCAGGAAGCUCGACGACCAAGGCCAGCUUUGGAACGACUCCGGAAAGGUUGUUGGCCGUGUCGAGCUCAUCCCUGAGAACGAGCGUGAAGCUAAGCCUGAGGGACCUUUCGCUGGCCUUCAAGGCCUUCGCGUUGUUGCCGAUGGCAAGGUCGCUGACGAGGAUGAGAACAUUGUCGGACAGGUUGUCGAGGGUAACGCUAAGCGUCUUGUCGGCAAUGCCGUCGAUGAAGAUGGUGACAUUCUUGACAAGUACGGCAACGUCAAGGGUCACGCCGAGCCCCUUGAGGACGAGGAAGAGCCCGAGCCAGAGGAUCUCUCUAUCCUUGAUGGCCUUACUCUGAACAAGCAAGGCUACCUGGUCGACAGCAACGGUACUCCCAUUGGCCGCCUUGCUGAGGGCAAAUUGGAAGACCUUGUCGGCCGCAAGUCGGAUGGCGAAGGUCAGAUCCACAACGACACUGGCAAGGUCGUCGGCCGAUGCGAGCUGAUCCCCGAGAACGAGCGCGUCCAGCGCAAGGAGGGACCGUUUGCCGGAUUCGAAGGACUCCGUGUUGUUAAGGACGGAUUCGUUGAGGAUGGUGAGGGCAACCGUGUUGGUCAGCUCACCGAAGGCGACAAGAAGAAGCUUGUUGGCCACGCCGUUGACGAAGACGGAGACAUCAUCGACAAGUACGGUAAUGUCAAGGGCCACGCCGAGCCUUACGAGGAGGAGGACGAGGUCGAAGUCGACCUCAGCGCACUUGCUGGCUGCACUGUCAACAAGGCUGGCAACGUUGUCGAUUCCAGUGGCCAGAUCCUUGGCCGUGUUGCUGAGGGAGACCCAUCCACCAUGAUCGGCAAGAAGGUCGAUGGCAAGGGCCAGAUCUGGGACAACGAAGGCAACGUCAUCGGACGUGCUGAACUCUCCAAGGGCGCCAACUCUGGACCUGAGGGACCAUUCGCUGGCUUCGACAACAACAAGGUCGUCAAGGAUGGUACCGUCCAGACUGCAGAUGGCGACAUCAUCGGUCGUGUCAUUGAAGGCGAUGUCAAGAAGCUUGCCGGCCACAAGGUUGACGAGGAUGGCGACAUCAACGACAAGAACGGUAACGUCAUCGGUAAGGCCGAGCGCUGGGAGCCAGAGGAGAAGGAGCGCCGCAUUAACCCCAUGUCUGGCAUGCGUGUCAACAAGGAGGGUGAGGUCCGCGACGAGAACGGUGACAUCCUUGGUCGUCUCACUGCUGGUGACCUUGGUCACUGCGCUGGUCUCGAGAUUGACGACAACGGCUACGUUAUCGACAACGACGGCAACAAGGUCGGAGAAGUCACUCUCCUCGAGAACAUUCAAGAGGAAGAGCCCGAAGAUGAGACCGACGAGGAGAAGCAGCGCCGUGAGGACGCUGAGCUUGCCAACAAGAUGUCUAAGAUCUGCACCGACACUCUUGAGCGCGUCCAGCCCGUCAUGAAGCAAAUCACCGACCACAUCGAGCAAGCCGACCGCACACCCCGCGACGAGCUCGACGAAGAAGAACUCGUCAACAACGUCAAGCCACUCAUUGAGGAAGGCUCGCGCCUCCUCAACGACUGCAACGGCUCGCUGCGCGGCCUCGACCCCGACGGCCGCAUUGCCGCGCAAGCCAAGGGCCGCCAACAAACCGGCGAAGCCUCGCCCGAAGAAUACAAACUCGCAGACAACCUCAAGGAACUCACCACCACGGUCGUCACCACCAUCGACAACGCGAAGAAGAAGAUCGCAGACAUGCCGCAUGCCAAGAAGAAGCUCAACCCGCUCUGGAGCUUGCUUACCGAGCCGCUGUUCCAGAUCAUCGCGGCUGUUGGUCUGCUGCUGACGGGUGUGCUCAACCUCGUUGGUCGUCUGCUCAACGGCCUUGGUCUGGGCGGACUUGUCAACGGUCUGCUGGGCGGUUUGGGAAUCAACAAGCUGCUCGGCGGCCUGGGUCUCGGAUCCGUCAGCGAUAUGCUUGGCGGCGGAAAGAAGGACAAGAAGAAGGGCGGUGGCGUGAGCAACAUCCCUGUUGUUGGCGGUCUGCUUGGAAAGAAAUAG